UUUGCAUUUGCGGACGUAUCAUCUACUCGUAAAUUUUAUUUUAUCUGUUUGAAAAACAGCUGAGUCGAGAAAUCGAGAACCUGUUGUAACGAUUGAUCAUCGUCAAUAAUCAAUCAGGUCGAAAGGUUUAAAGGUGAAUCAUGUCAGUUUUACUGAAGGAAAUAAAGCGCUUUGACCCAGUUGCAGCCUCAGCACUGGAGAAAGCAGGUUUCCGUACUGACUCUGAGAUCCGGUCCCUGACACGAGAAGACUUGCAUGAGCUGUUUCCUCGAAUUGAGAAACUCAAACUGAGGAAGAAAAUCUAUGAAAUAAUACACCAACAGAAGGACAUCAAUGUGCUCAUAAGAGAAGUGAAAGAUUUCAUCCCUGAUGACUCUUUCAGGGCUGCUCUUACUAACAAUGGGAUCCUGGUUGAUUACCUCCAUAUCCUGAAGGAGAUGAAGACCCAAAUGAAUACUGUCCAGACCUUCCUUGAUGCUCAUAUCGGUUUACUGGAGGAAUUCGCCAAAAAUGGCUCCUUGGCAGACACAAUGGCCCCAGGUAGGAGUGGUCCUGUGGUGCCCUGUAGUGGCCAAACUGAGGGCAUUCCACAACAAGCCCAAGGCACACAUACCUCACAAGGACAUGGUCAAAUGAUGCUUUAUGACCAAACUAAUCAACAAGGAGCCCAAAGCACACAUAACUCACAAGGAUAUAGUCAAAUGUCCUAUAAUGGCCAAACUAAUCCACAAGGAGCACAAGUUUAUACUUCUGUGUCCAAAGUGAUGUACCGGGAGGUCAUCAGUGGUAAAACCUUUGGUGCCCACACACAGUUGCUGCACAAAGUAGAGGAUCAAGAUAAGUUUCUUCUUAUUGAAAACAAAGAGGACUGCAAGGUCAUAAUUGUCUUCUGUACAAUCUGUUCACGUGUUGGAUCAGACGUGGACGCAGCCAUGUCUGACAUUAAAGGUGAUGAACCUGUCAUUCUGGUGUUGAUGCACCACUCACGUGAUGCUAAGAACACAGUUCCUACGAAAACAUGGCCUGAAUACCCCAACAUUGUGCUGGCUGUCAACACUUUCUUCCAUGAUACCAUCCAUGGAUUACUGAAUUGUCAUCAGAACAAUGAGGCUGCCUUAAUGAUAAAGAACAAAUUACUUGAGUACAGCAUUCAGGAAAGGAAGGACAUCAGUGGAAAGGCUUUGGCUGUUAGAGGUGCCGCUGGUGUGACUGCUUCUGCAAUGCAUGGUGGUGGUUGGAAUGAUCCUUCAACUCGUGGUGGUGUUGGCAACAACUAUUACACUUGGAUACCUAGUUUCAAAAUGCCAUUUAAGUCGAAUUAAGUAGAAUCCGCAAUGCUGCUUGUGGUAAUGGUGUUAUCAUUACAGUUAUCGCAAGUAAAAUAAUCUAUGAUCUGUAAAUAGCAAGAAUUUAAAAAAUAUUAUGUAAAGCAACAAAACUGAUUGAUUUAUAGGCAAGGCAAGUAAACUUUGUUUAUAUAGUACAUUUCCUAAACAGGUAGAUCUCCACACAUUUUCUUAUGUUGAUUUUGUAAUGUUAACUCAUAUAGUUUUAUGAGUCUUGGCCUUUCUUCAUGCAACCAGUCAGCACCUUGUAUAAAACUUUUACUGGACAGAGUGGAGAAGAUUUUCUUUAAGAAAACAGCCCUAAAGUAGCUGAUAUUUACCUUACCUUUUGUCUUGAUCAAUGACCACUAAAUUAAUGAGGAUGACUAAUAGUAGUAAGGUUUUUUGUUUUUGUGUUGCUCUGAAGCAUUUAUGAGUAUUUUAGCCUUAGCUACUUAAAUUUUUAAAUUAGAUUUUAGUCUUGGAAUGUGUAUAAGAUGUGAUAAUGAAUAAAAGGGAUGCUUUGAGUAAACUUAAUGCAUGAGUGUAAUCAUGGUGUCUAUGUUUGUUUAGUCUUUUAUAUAAUUUUUUUAACAGAAUUGCAUCACAUACUGUAUACAACCAA